UUCUUGUCGGCUAAGCGGCAGGCUUAGUGUUGAUCCAUUUCUAUAAAAUUGUAAUAUUGUGGUUGAUCUUAAUUCAAUCAAUUGAUCUUAUUAGUGAUCACAAGAACAUCAAUCAGUUAAUUUAUUUAUUAAUUUAUGGAGGAGCAGAAGAAGAAGGGAAUCCUAACCCGGUCUAAGAGGAAGCUGGAGAUGGAUGAUGUUCCAAUUGCGUAUAUGGAGGAGCAGAAGAAGAAGAAGGGAAAUGGGGGGAAGAGGAAGCUGGAGAUGGAUGAUGUUCCAAAUACUUAUAUGGAGGAGCAGAAGAAGAAGAAGAAGAAGGGAAAUGGGGGGAAGAGGAAGCUGGAGAUGGAUGAUGUUCCAAAUGCUUAUAUGGAGGAGCAGAAGAAAGAAAACCUAACCCUGGGGAAGAGGAAGAUUGAGAUGGAUGAUGUUCCAAUUACUUAUAUGGAGGAGCAGAAGAAGCAGAAGAAAGAAAACCUAAGCCCGGGGAAGAGGAAGAUUGGGAUGGAUGACGUUCCAAUUGCUUAUAACAAGAGAUGGAAAUUGACUGCUCAUGGAACAGCAACAACUGAAUCUCCUCCUCAUCAUAAACUUCCUCAUGAGGUAAUAGUUGACGACAUACUACCAAGGCUACCAAUAUGGAAUCUUGCAAAAGAAUGUGCUUUGGUUUGUAAGUUCUGGUACGAAUCAAUUAAACAUCCUCACUUUGCAUUCUUACACGCGUUACUUCAAUCAGCUGACCGCAAUCCAAAUCUCAUAUUUGAUCUCCUUAAUACACCUACUAUUUCAAUUGAUUAUGCACGACAAUGCACUUUAAGGUUAGAUAUAGAUGACAACAAUGAUAAUCAUGCUGUUCGUUGUUUUCGUAAGCUGACUGAUAUUGCCAGCAUCGGAAAACAAGAGCCAGUAGGUCAUUGUAAUGGAUUACAGUGCAUUAGAUCAUCUUGUGUCCGUGGAGAAUGUUUCUUUCAUAUAACAAAUCCUAGUUGCAGACCAAACGAUUUUAUGGCCGCAGUGUUUCCAGUCCCUGAUAAAGCUUUCAUUUUUUGUUGUGGUUUCGGGUUUGAUUCUUUAGUUAAUGAAUACAAAAUUGUCCUUGUUUACUCCAAUUCAUCGGCUGCUAUUACUGAUGUUCAUGACAAAUUCAAGUGCAUGGUUUUCACACUGGGAAGCAAAUCAUGGAGAGAGUCGUCCACUCCUAAUACCCUCCCUGUUAUUACAAUUAGUACUGGAGUUAUACAUGAAAAGAAGAAGAAGGUGAUUUUGUCAAGAAUGAGUUUUUCUAGAUCAGCUAUAUAUGUUGGUGGAGCUCUUUAUUGGAGGGUACUUACUAGAGAUCAUGGGUUUGGAGGAGGAAUUGGUGAUGACGAAGAAGAGAAUCAGGAGAAGGAGAUGCUGCUAUUUUUUGACAUUCACCAUGAACAGUUUCAACUCAUUUCUCUUCCUCUUGAAAUUGAAUUAAAGAUGAAGACGGGUACGAAGAAGAUAACUCGUGACCAGGGGAAAAAAUUAAUCGAUCAUCGUCUUUUGGAAUUCGAAGGAUCUCCUUGUAUUGUACGUCUACAGAGCGCUCAGCAGCAACAAAGGAAUAAUAACGAUUGUUGCAAGGUUCAUUUGUAUGUUUUGAAGGACAGAGUCAAGUCAGCAUGGAGUAUUGAGACUUUCGAUGUUUUUAAUACUAGUAUGACUAAGGAUAUGUCUAAUCCUCCUCCCUGCAUUAUAACAACAGCUGCUUCAUCUACGACUACUACCACCACCAUCAUCACAACUGCUACUACAAUUGCUGCUGCAGCUGCAACUACAACUUCUAGUACUAUUACUCAUGCACAUCAACCAAUAACACAUAUACUGUGUGUAUCUGGUAGAGUUAUCCUGUACUGGUUCGAUGGUGUAUGUGUUCAGUUAUACGAUUUGAGGAAAAAACGUCUCCAGAUGGUGAAGUAUACUCCCGCUGAUCCCACAAAAGAUGCUGAGUUGUUUAACCGUAAGGUACGGGGACAAGUCUGGCCUUUUGAUAUUGAUGAUUUUCAUACUACUAACAAGCUUAUUUACUGUAGACGGGAUCAUAUCGAUUAUAAGCUCCACAUUUAUGUGGAGAACUCUCUUCCACUUAAGACCUUCAUACCAAAAGGAUGCACUGUAUUACGGGAUUACGAGAAGUGGUACUCUGAAAAUAAGGAUAUAGAGGAUGGACUAGGUUUUGUGUUUAUGGUUGGAGAAAAUAGAACGCUAGAAUUUCAUUGUUUUUGCCAGAAACUAUCUUCAGAAGGGCUCGAUAAAAACUCAUCUUCAUUCAUCUCCAAUCAAAUAUAGAAAAUGUUUUCUCUUCCUUUAUUUCAGGCUUAUCUGCUGGUGGGAGAAAUCAAAUCUUCUUCUUGUUGAUGAAGCAUUAAUACUCUGCUGAACAGGAAACUCAAGCCUGCAUCAACAAUCAAAAAGAUGUUCAAGCCAUUAUCAUGAGUUCUUGGCAGACAAAGUUGCUCGCCCAGUGGUUGUGUACCUCCCCUUCUUCAUGUCUGGCCUCUUUAUCGUCUUUGCUGAUAGAGGUAAUAGUUUCUUAGUUUUCUUUGCUGCUUCUUAUUUAUGUAAUUGUUUGUCUAUGUUGCAUGGACACGGACACGGGACACAGUUACGACACGACACGGUUAUGGGGACACGUCAAAUCUAAAAAAAAAACGGGUUACGGGGACACGUUAUGUAUAUUACUCAAUCAUUAAAAUCAAAUAUUACUACAAUCUACACAACAAAAUAAUUACUCUUAUUUUUAAAAUAUUUGAUUACUAAUUAUAUAAUUUUAAUAAUAAUGUAAAAAUGGUAAAGUUUUUCAUGAUUAAUGCUUGGAUAUGACUGACAAAAGAAUAAAUUAGCGUCACAUUUAGUUUAUUUUGAUUUUCCAAACCAAAAUAAAUCAUUUAUGACGUGUCCGGAAGUGUCCAAUUGGUGUCCGCAAAGUGUCCAAUAUCAAAUUUUACGCGACACGUGAUGUGGCGUGUCCAUCAAGUGUCGGGAAGUGUCGUAACCGUGUCGUGUCUUUUCGCGCGUCCGACACGGUUACGACAUCUUUCUUGGAGUGUCCGUGCAACAUAGCUGUUUGUGUUGUGUGUGAAAACUUUUUGCUUUACAACGGUGACCUUAACUUUUUUAUUAAUUUAUAAUGAUGCGAGUUGAUUAUUUUCUGGUAAUUGAACCGAGAUAUCAGAUAUGUUAUAUGUCAAUAAUAUGCUAUGAACA